AUGCUUUUCAAGCUAUCUACCAUCGCGGCCCUCAUGCUACUUCUCCUCUCUGGCGUCUCUCUGGCCGACAGUACGUGCUACGGCGCUGGUGAGAAAUGGUCAGGCAUUGGAACAGACGAUGAAGUCAGCAAUGCCUUUGACUCUCUUUGUCGGUACCUUGUUGGGCGCCUCAAGACAGGAAAAGAGGCAAGUCAACGCUGGGGGUGCGUCAACUUCAAAGGCAAUCACAUUGAGGUGGGAUUCCACCUCACCAAUGGCGUCGACGAUAAAAAGUCAGUCUACAUGAGCCAGAUGAGCUGCAAGGACGCUCUCAACCAGGUCAAGAGUGACUGUAGUGUACGUGGUGGAGAGAUGGAAGGCAUCGUUGUUGAGCAAAAGGAUGACGGAGGCGAAUGGAUGAACAUGCAGGUCAAGGCUGAUCCCAACAGCCGCGAAAUAACAGAUUGCGGCAGAGACAGCUACGGCAGACAGGCGGCAUUGGUCCGGGAGGCUCCUAGGCUCGCGUCCUCAACCUCGCAGGCUCAUGGCGUCCAUUUUUCAUCUGUUAUCAAGCACAUGGUUUCUCUCUUGGUUCUAAACACUAAGCGAUUUCACUCCCGCAGUUGCAACUUCGUGAAAGCCAAAGUAGUGAAAUGUGUCCGCAGUGCUCCAUUCCGACAUACCAUCUUGGUAUGCUGCUGGGACUGGGACGACAGGUUCGCCCCUCGAGUCCACUUCAGUAUUGAGCGUCAUCAACUGCUUGCGUCUGCUUGA